AUGACGAAGGACAGGGAGGACAGGGCGUACAGGGCCAUUGGAAUCCCAGGUCAAGAGGUGCUGGACCCGCAAAUCGACCCAUUCAACAACCUGUUUCUGGACUUAGCUCAGGCUUGUAGCGUCCCUCGCAUCACCCCAAUGGAGACGUGUCACCAGGCGGACUUGGGCGACCGGGAAGACAUCCCCCGACAUGCGAGCGUCCAGGUGGACAGAUGGCUUCGCGAGGGAAAGGAGCAGAGGAUAACUAUGCCUCCUAUGACCAAGGAAGGUACAGGGCGCCGGUGGCUUGCUCUGAGGUGGCCAUGGCUGGAGUCGGCAACAUACAGACUGCGGUCUGCAGGGAUGAACAGGCUGGUGGUUGAGCCAGACGGGCUUCGCGUCGACGACAAAGACCAUGUGCACACGCUGUUUGACUUUGAGUUCCGCCGGCCCUGCAACCUGAGCCUCAAGUCCCGACUACGAUAG